CCAAUUCCCUGCCUCGCCUCCAUAUUUUUCUUUUAAUACCCUAGCCCACAAACCCUUCUCACCCUCUAUCAAUCUUGCCCACCAUUUACCAAGUAAGGCCAUGUUAAAACAUCUCAAAUUUUUUACCCCUAUCCCUCUUUUUUAUUGCAGCAUACCCUAUCCCCCGCUCUUCUCCCCUUUUCUCCAACUCCCUUAAUCUAAACGCACUGAUAUUUGCUGAUGAACAAAAAAAGAGAGGAAAAAAUAGCUUUACUUCCCAGCUCCAAAAUUAACAACUUUGGAAAACCAGCGUCUUAAAUUAGAGUUUACGCCCAAAACACUGAUCUCCAGGCACCGACGCCCAGCGUAUGUUCCUUCUCGUUCUUUAAAUUGUAAGCUAUUGUUCCCUUUCUUCGUUUUCUCUUGUACGUAAUUCAACAUUGCUUUCAAGUUCUUGCAUUUUUAGAGCUCUAGCUUUUAGUUUCAUUUCACUGUAGUUAUUAUUAUUAUUUUUUGGGCUUGUUCAAUACUUUUAUUUUCUUUUGCUUUUAAGUUUGUGGUUUGCAACAGUUAGUUGCUCCCACUAGAUUUUUUGCUUCAAUGCUGGUGAGCUUUAAAGAAUGCUUGCUUUGAAAAUGCCUAGGUUGCUUCUCUUGAACAGGCACUUGACCGUUGAUGAGCACCACGGGAACUGCUCCACGACCUCUGUCCACCAUCUUCCUAUGCAAAUUAUCCAUAACAUGCCACAAGGGAUUGGAGAGAAGCACAGCUGGCGAUAUAACAAACUUUUUUAGCAUAUGUUCAUGCCAUUGAAAAGAUUCCAUUCUUAGAGUCCUGAAGUACCAAAUGGUAGCCCCAAUAAUCUUUGUCCAAUGAAAUUUCUUCAUCUCACAACUGUCAAUGGAAAAAAUCAGAAUAUCAUUAAGGUAAGCCCAAGAAGCAUAUGACAUUCUUAAUAGACACAAACCAACAACGGGAACACUAUUUCAUCCCAAACUGAUGUUCAGUUAUUGAUCGUAUUAAGGAAUGUCACAAUACAAUUUUUUAAAGAAUUGUCAAAAGAUAAACUAAAUUGUAUUAAGGAAUUCGUGAUAGGAAAUGUACUAUGAUUUUGGCCAUAACUCGAACAAAAAGCGAAGAUACAUGCCACGUUCUAGAGAUAUCGACCAUACAUUGACAAGGUUCAAUAUCAAGAUAUAAAAUUGGUCCAGGACAGUCCAUUUAUGAUGGAACAAAAUCCCCACCACGUGGAACAUGUAGCAACGUUGCAGUGAAGGUUUUGCAUCAAUCCAGAGUAUAGUUUCCAUCUAUGUGUGAUUUUAAGACGUUCUUUGAUUAGUUUAUGUGUCUUGAGAGUAAUAAUUUUCUUAACAAUUG